ACGACAACUACGCUACAGAUAUCCAUACCACCACGGAAAAUUGCUAUUCCCUCUCCGAGCUGUAAAACAAGGCAGGAUUAUUUUUCCCUUUCUUUGGAAAUAUCAGCAUAGAUACAGCACCACGGUUCAACAACCGUUUGUAUAUAUCGAGUCGAGAUCCAAUACACGAAAAUGUUGGUGUUUUCCCUGUGUAAAACUGUAGUACCGUUGUAUAAUCUAAAUGUAAAUUCCCCGUUAUAUUUUCACCACCAAAAAGGCUUAUCUCUAAAAGAUAAGGAAAAAGAAUAAGCCGCUUUUUUUUCGGUGACCAUCUUUUUAUACAUGAGAUGUAUAAAACUUGAAGACAUCAAAAUGCAGCCUGAAAGCACCAAAUUUUUUCCUCCCAAUUAAAUUCCUUUUUAUCUUUUCAACCGAGCUGAACAGGAAAAUGGGAAACAUAAAACGGGAAAAAUAGCACUUUUCUCAGCAUAACUGCCGAUUUCAAGACCUCCAUUUGAUACCUAGGUGAAUUCUAAGUUCAAACUAAAAACGUUUCUAGGUCUGAAAAUUAGCAAAAAUCUUAAUAAAAUUUAAUGCGCGAGUGUAUCUCUAAUAUUCCGUUUUUUUUUUGUUAAUUACAAUUGAAUUGUUCAAUUAGAGUUUUUUCGGUAUCUGUUUAUUAAGACAAUCUCGGCCGACCUUCAUUAUCAUACAAUCUCGAAUUUACCACCGCGAGGAAAGAACAUCAAGUUCUUUGCCUCAUUUUUGCAGUUGUGUUUUUCCCAUUUUACGACAAAAUUCACACUUUAUCUGUUUAUAUAACCUAUUUUAUGGCUGCUUAUUCCAAAAAAUAGAUAUUAUUUUUUGCUUGUUAUUCUGUGCAGUGCAAAAUUUGAUUUGCCAUUUACCAUUCAAAAACUGAAGUAGAAAGAAAAUGCAGUUAUUUCCUCUGAGGCAUAUUUCAUUCAGCUUUAAAUAAUUCCUGUAAAUAUUACAGCAACAGCAUAAUUGCUACUUUUCACAAAAUUCAACAAAAAUUGAACUUUAUCAAGAGAAAUACGGUUUUUAAUUCAUUCUUUUUUCUUGCAAGAAUAAUACAUUGAGAAUAGUAAGUUGAAUAAUACAUUGCUAUUACCAUUACGUUUUCUAACAAUAUGAUGAAGUUUUGGGAAGAAAUCGUGGUUCUUGUCAUAUGCUGUGUCUCUUCAUUCACAACUGCAGUAGAUGUCGACAAGAAGGACCAACUAGCAUCAAGCGUAACAGACGGUCAACCCAUUGGCGCUACAACUGAACCCACAGCGCAAAAGUACCCUUAUCUCAAAUCACGAGAUGAUCUCGUCAAGGUCAUAACCACAAUGUCUCAAGGUCAAGUAUUCUCCCAGAAAAUUGACCCCAGCUUCUAUUUCAAAUGGAGUGAUAACACAAACAGGUCAAUUGCUUUAUAUAUGGCUACUGAGGAUAAAAAUAAUUUAUCCAUGUUCGAGUCUAUAUAUUUUGACGACGAUACGAAUCGCAUUUGGGCGCUUCCUAUGAGCGACAACGCGGGUCAAAAUAAUUACCACAUCAUGGCCAGAGGAUACGGAGACAACGUCACUAGUUACCCUUAUGAGGUUCUAGUCAUGCCAAACAUUAACAGUCCAAACCACAAAAUAAUUCUACAUUUCGAGUAUAACUACAUUCUCUUCGAGGCGUAUCUGCCUUAUAGACUUGAGUUGUUGCGGCUUCUAAGCGUAAUACUUGGCGACGGGGGUUCCUUCGAAAACCUUACUCUGGACUCUUACGAGAACACAACUACAAAUGGAACCUCCCAAAUGCUAAUCCGAAUCAGUAAUUCUUCAGUAGGCUACAAUCCCUGUAACAAAUCUCAAAUGAACAAGAUUCUCAACAUGUACGGGAAACUUUCGACUGGAAUCAACAACGACCCACACGCUUAUGUGGCCGACCAAAUGGGAAAUUAUAAACUUUUCAAGGUCGAGUUGGAGCUCAUUGGCCCGUGUGCUAGCAUAGCCGAACGAUUGAAAACCGACGAAAGUUCUGUGCUCUCCAGCGUCUGGCUCAAGGUCGCAUUUGGCAUCAUUUUGGCGCUCUUAUUGAUGGGAGCUGCAGUAGCAACUGUUGUUUGUCUUUGCAGACAAAAGAAGCUUCGCGCUGCUGUUUCAAUCAAAAAGACAAAUUCAUCCUCGCUUUCCAAACAUUCGAACAAAACCAUAACGACCGAUUCAAAUUUUUUCACCGUGAAAUCGAAGCACGUUCCGGUUAUUUUUGCCGACGAGUAUGACGAGCCCUCUUCCCUCAACCAGAUAUCGGCGGCCUCUCCCUUGAUCUUGAAAAACGAAAAGCCUCCCGCGAAAGACUGUCUUCCCCCCAUGAAACACGUAAACGGGUCUCUAAAUCAUUCGCCGAUGAACGGACCUGUUGAUUUCGACUUCUCCUUUGAUACACUAGCUCCGAAUGGGAACGGAUCGUUGUCGUCGUGUAUGCUAAACAAUGCGUACCCGGGGUCUACGAUCAUGCACGGGAACUCACAGUGUUCAAGCGUAUCGCAUCGGUAUUGUCCGUCUCAGUAUAGGCCCCCACCUCCAUAUAAGCCACCUUCAAAGGCCAUAGUCCCAAGUUAACUAUGCUAUCCCUCAAAAACUGUGUUUGACCAAUUUCUCGUGUUCAAUGUUUUUGAAUUCAAGUUUUGUAAUAAGUUCCGACAAUGCUUUGAAUUGAAAUUGAAAUCUCUGCAAUAAACUAAUAAUUGUGAGAAGGGGAAUUUUUUCUUAGUUGUAUCCAGUCGAUAAAAUAAAGACUGGCUUUUGACUUAGAUUGAUUUUAAUCUAUUAUGCUUGAUUAAAUUUAGAAUUUUAUCCA